AGAUAAUGAUGUAAAAAGUAACACAAUUUCUAUACUUUAACUUGUAUGACAAAUAGGCUUUCAUUUAUAUAUCAAACGUUAAAAUACAUUAAUAAAAUUUGCACUAAAAAUUUGAAAAUUCGAAGCUUUCAUUGAUUUUUUUACUAAUUUCGCAUGUAUAACAACUCUGCUUCGAUUGUCGGUCUGCCCUUGCAAUGACAUUGAAUUGGCUACUAAAAAGUUUGACCAUACCGAUAAGCAGAAGGAACGUUUUGUGCGUACGGAAAACUUUUGAACUCCAAUCUUAUUUCGGAAAUACUAUUCAGAAAAGUCUAUCUUCUUGUAAUAAAAAAGAAAAGAGUAAAGGCGGUAAAAUGGCUUUCAACAAAUUGAGCAUUGAAAGUUUGGAUUUAAAUGGCAAACGAGUGUUGAUGAGAGUGGACUUCAAUGUUCCUAUCAAAGAUGGCAAAAUUACAAGUAAUCAACGUAUUGUUGCCGCUUUGGAUAGUGUUAAAUUUGCAUUGGACUCCAAAGCGAAAUCAGUCGUGCUCAUGUCGCAUUUAGGUCGACCUGAUGGACAAAAAAAUCAAAAGUAUACCCUUGCUCCAGUGGCUGAUGAACUGAAAAAACUUCUUGGCAAAGAUGUGAAAUUUUUACCUGAUUGCGUUGGGCCCGAAGUAGAAAAUGCAUGUAAAGAUCCAGCGGCUGGUUCUAUUAUUUUGUUGGAGAAUUUGAGAUUUUACGUUGAAGAGGAGGGAAAAGGUCUUGAUGCUAGUGGAGCAAAAGUAAAGGCAGAUCCAGCCAAAGUGAAAGAAUUCCGACAGAGUUUGGCCAAACUUGGUGAUGUUUAUGUAAACGACGCAUUUGGUACAGCACAUCGCGCCCAUAGCUCAAUGCUUGGCGAAGGUUUCGAAAAGCGUGCCGCUGGUCUUUUGUUGAACAAAGAAUUGAAAUACUUUGCUCAGGCUCUGGAUAAUCCACCUCGUCCAUUCUUGGCCAUUUUGGGUGGCGCUAAAGUUGCGGACAAGAUUCAGUUGAUUUCAAAUUUGCUGGAUAAAGUACAUGAGAUGGUAAUUGGUGGUGGAAUGGCUUUCACUUUCUUGAAAGUCAUCAAUAAUAUGAAGAUUGGUGCAUCACUUUUUGACGAAGAAGGUGCAAAAAUCGUCAAUGAUUUGGUUGCAAAGGCAAAGAAAAACAACGUGCAAUUACAUUUGCCGGUCGAUUUUAUUUGCGCUGAUAAAUUUGCUGAAGAUGCUAAAACUUGUGAGGCAACUGUGGAGGAAGGUAUUCCUGAUGGUUACAUGGGUUUGGAUAUCGGUCCAAAAUCCAGAGAAUUAUUCAAAGAACCCGUAUGCCGCGCAAAAAUCAUCGUUUGGAAUGGUCCACCAGGUGUGUUUGAAUUUGCAAAUUUUGCCAACGGCACAAAGGCUGUUAUGGAUGCGGUAGUUUCAGCUACCGAAGGUGGCACUGUUUCCAUUAUUGGAGGUGGUGAUACAGCUUCUUGUUGCGCCAAAUGGGGUACCGAAUCGAAGGUAUCACAUGUUUCAACCGGAGGUGGUGCCUCUCUGGAGUUGCUUGAGGGCAAGACACUGCCGGGUGUAGCUGCUUUGAGCAAUGCUUAAAAUAUCUAAUUCCAACAUUGGCAAAAAGCACAAGAGACAAAUUUAUAUUACGAAACUACAUCCUAUGCUGAGCAAAUGGAAAAUAUUAUAAAUAUCGUUAAAAACUGCUCUUACAACAAGGAACACAUUCAUUUGUUGAACAUAUUAAAUCUUAAUCCGUUUAGAUGUUGAAUAAAAAUAGCUGAUAAUUUAAAAACGUUAAA